GAGAGGAUCUUCCAGGCUGCUCGAUCACGUGGAGCAUUUGGACAAAUUAUAUAACAUUCCUCCACCAGAGGGGGGUCAACACUCUUAGACCACGAGCAAUGUGGUCUCAAUACCAACAAGCCCAAAAUUAAGAUGGCAAGGUGUGCGGGUGUUCAUCUCCUCCACGUUCAGAGACAUGCACUCUGAACGCGACAUCUUGGUGCGGAGCGUCUUCCCAGAGCUACGCCGGCGCGCUGCACCACACUGCCUCUACUUGCAAGAGGUAGAACUGCGUUGGGGUGUGACAGAGGAGGAGUCUGAGCGGGCCUCAGAGUUAUGCCUGUCAGAGGUGUGUCGCAGCCAGAUGCUGGUGGGAAUCCUCGGGGAGAGAUACGGUCAUGUGCCCCCCAAACCUGACCUACCAGACCUCCCACAGUACAGCUGGCUGGCCUCAGCCCCAGCAGGUCUGUCCAUCACAGAGAUGGAAAUCCGUCAGUUUCAGGCUCUUUAUCCCGACGUAGCACACCAGCGAAUGCUUUGCUACUUUAGAGAUCCGAACAUCAUCAAUUCAGUUCCUGUGGCUUGGAGAUCACAUUUUGCUCCUGAAUCAACGGACGCUGCACAUAAAAUGGCCUCUCUGAAGGGAAGACUCUUGUCCAGUGAUGUCAAGGUCACAGAAAAUUAUUCGUGUGAGUGGGGAGGCGUUGUGGAUGGGAAACCAUAUCUGAAAAACCUGGAGGACUUUGGCAACGCUGUGCUGGAGGACCUUUGGAUGGCUGUCAAAAAGCUGUUUGUCGACGAGGCUGAGGAGGCUGAGGCUGCAUCAGAGGUGUUGGAGCAGGAGGUCCACCAGGAGGCGAUGCAGAGGCAGUUUUUUGGCAGGUCGAAGCUUCUGUCUAACGCUGUGGAUUUGGUGGAGCAGGCCCAGACCAAAGGAGGGAUGAUUGUGGUGGAGGCAGGACCUGGAGAAGGAAAAACUGUCUUCAUGGCUGCUCUAGCUGAGGCCCUCAGGACUGGAGUUAAGUCCAGGAAAAACCUCGUCUGCGAUGUAAUCUCUUACUCUACAGCCGCCAGCCAAUCAGCACACUCUGUGGAAAAACUCCUUCGAUGUCUUGUUAAGUGGCUGAGAAAGAUAAAGGGCACAGAGGAGGAAUCGCCUUUUCCUCACUCGUAUAAAGAUUUGCUGUCAGAGUUUCACUCCACAUUAAGUAAUAUAAAGAGGAACAAACCUCUGGUGCUGCUAGUUGAUGGGGCAGAUCUUGUCCAGGAUGGCAGAGGUCAGGUCAGCUCUGAUUGGAUCCCACAGCAGCUUCCACGGGUCACCUGGGGAGAAAAGGGUGUCUGUUUGGUGGUGAGCAUCACGUCUAAAGCAGCUCUGUUACAAACACUAACCAAGAAAAAAGGGACGCUCCUGUUUACGCUGGGACAGCUUACCUUGCCAGACCGAAAGGAGAUCGUUCAGAAGGAACUGGAUGCAUUUGGCAAGAAACUCAGCGACUCUGCUUUCAACAACCAGCUCCAGACACUAAUAUCCAAGAAGGGAGCAGUCAGUCCUCUUUACUUGCACCUGGCUUGUGAAGACCUGAGGAACUUUGCUUCUUUUGACAAGCUGAAGGAGAGCCUGCAGGACUUGCCGCAGUCUCUGAGACAGCUGGUGCAGUACAGCCUGCAGAGACUCUGCUCACAGUACAGAGGCAUGCUGGGACUCCGCUGGGCCCUGGCUACACUCACUGUCAGCACCACAGGCCUGAAGGAGAGAGAUUUAUACUCUGUGUUGAACACAUGCAAUGAUUUGUCUUUACGGGAUGGACAAGUCACAUGGCAGGAAGUGCUGCAGUUGUCCAGAGAGCCCAAAGGACGCAUUCCUAUGGCAACCUUCACCCGCAUAGUGCAGAGUUUACAAAGUCUGAUUGGUCCAUCUCAUUGCCACAAUACUGACGACCUGCUGGCUUUAACCAAUCCGGAGGUGAAGCAAGCCUUUGAGGACUUUUUUCUCCCCACAGAAAGUGACAAAACCAGAGCUCAUCUCACACUGGCAGCUCAUCUGUGGACACAAGCUGACCCUCGGGGCCAAAAUACCUUCCUUCAUUGUGAAGCCAACUCUAUCACGCACCUGCCUUCUAGCCUGAUUCAAAGUGGACAACUGGGGGAACUUUCUUUCCUGCUUUCCAGCUAUUAUUUCCUUUAUGCUAAUGUGCGCCACGGCUUCCUGCACCACCUCUUGGAAACAUACAGCUGGUAUGAUAAGAACCAAGAGUCUGCACCAUCAUCUUCCAUCCAGGACGAUUUAAAGGAUUGCCGUAAUUUCUUGCGGCGUCAUGCCUCCACACUCUCUUCCUGGCCAGCUCUUUUCAUUCAGCAGGCCCUCAAUGAACCUCAAGAGACCCCCGCUCACACUUGGGGAAAAGGCAUGGUGGGCAAAGGAGGAGUGCGGGUAAUUGAGUGUCUGAACAUUGAUGGGAACAGUGAUGGUGAAGAAAAAAGCGAGCUUCUUUCAACCUUCCCCUCGGAGCCCACCUCUCUGGUUGUGAGCCAGGAUGACCAGAUGAUGGUGGUUGGUACUGGCGAGGGAACUCUACAUUUCAUCCACACGCAGACUGGACAGGAGGUGAAGUCUCUGAUCAGCAGCUGUGACGGCAUCUCGAGCUGUGUCUUCCUGAAGGACUUACGACUUGCUACCACCUCCUUUGAUGGGCGAAUAGAAGUGUGGGACAUAGAAAAUGGAUGCAGGACUGACGUUAUUGAUGGCCACACUAAUAUGAUAACAGGAAGUGAUGUCACUGCAGACAAGAAGCACCUCGCCACGGUUUCCCUCGACUGCAUGAUUAAAGUGUGGUCUUCUGAUAAAGGUACUGAAGUGUCCUCCGUGCUUAGCAGAAGCCCUAUGAACUGUGUGACCUUUGACCCUAAGGGUCAUCUUCUGGCUGCUGGCUGCUGGAAUGGAAAUGUGAUCAUGUGGAACUGGCUCAAGAAUAAAAAACUAACAUCCCUGUGCGGCCACACACGAUCAGUGCGCAGCCUCUCUUUUUCUCCCUACUCCUCCAUGCUCUGCUCUGGCUCUGUGUCUGGGGAGGUGAGGGUGUGGUCAGUGCCCACCUCCACCUGUGUGGGAUGUUUCCAGGCUCACUGUGAAGCCACAGAGUCCCUCACCUUCCUGGAGGAAGGAUCCAUGCUUCUGAGCGCUGGCUCUGAUCACAUGCUCAACCUCUGGUCUGGAGGACUUGGACGUUCUGUCACUGAAUUAAAAUGUGAUGAUUGGAUGCAGGAACCACCUCUGAAAAAGCUAAAGGCUGUAACGUCUCAGCCUGCUGCUCUGUGUGUGGCUGUGAAUGGAGACUAUGUUGCUGUGGGAUACCACGCUGAUGGCAUCAAACUUUUCAGCCUCAGAUCAGGUGAGAAGAUUUGGGCCUCCGUGGACCUGGACGUGUCUGUACCGUGCAUGCUGUGGGUCAUUUUAGAAGCAGAGCAGACCGACACCGAUCUGCUGGUGUCUGGAGGAAGUGACAAAUUUCUGCGGGUGUGGAAGAGAAAACAAGAAGAGGAGGGAAUGACGGAAGUCCUGGAAAUGGUGGGAGUGUUUGGUGUGCAAUCGGGCACCAUCCAGGCACUCGCACAAAACUUCACGUACCUGGCGACAGCUUCAGAUGACUUCACCAUUGGGCUGUGGUUAUUGUCUGAUCUGACCUGUGACCUUCCGAUCCAGCCAAAUUCAAUACUGAGGGGCCACAGUGGCGGAGUCACGUGUCUGGCUUUCAGUCCAGAUGGUGCACAGCUGCUGUCUGGUGGAAAAGAUCAGGCUCUGAUGGUGUGGGAUGUGACUGCUCCUGCUGUUCGUUCUAAGACUCUGCCUCAUGCUCACCGAGACUGGGUCACAGGCUGCGUUUGGACUCCAGACUGUGUGUUAAGCUCUUCAAAUGACUGCAGACUUUGUUUGUGGGACCUUCAGGCUGGGCAGUGUCUGAGGGAAAUCUCCUGGACAAGUCCACUUACCUCUGUCUGCUGUCUGGGACAAUAUGUGAUAGCCAGCUGUGCAGAGGGGGCACUGCAUGUCUGGAAGUGGGAAACAAACACUGAAAUCUGCCAUAUUUCUGCUCACAUGAGACGCAUACACCACUGCUCUCUCCUCCCAAAUACAGACAAAGGGAAGGAAGUGAAGUCAGAAGAAAUGUCCGUUUUCACAGCGUCUGAUGAUGGCACAGUGAAAUUUUGGAAACCCUUACAGGUGGAGCACUUUAGCACCUUUCGCGGUCACAGCGGUGCGAUUCAUGGAGUCGUUUGCAAGGAAAGGGUCCCACAAUUCUUCACUGUUUCUGAAGACCGCUCGCUGCGAUGCUGGACAUGGGCAAGAGCAAGUCCAUCAAACCUGAAAGGCUCGGUCACAGCUCUGUGCUUCUGUCAAAAUGAUGACCUACUCCUCGCUGGGUAUGAAUCUGGUUUGCUCGAGUUGUGGCAAAACAACUCAGUGGUUGGCCACAAGCAGGUAUUUGAUGACUCCAUUACAGCGGUCUGUUCCAUGCCUGAUAGUCAGAUCGCUGUGGCGAGUGUGAAACUUAUUGGUGUUUGGAAGCUGGUGUGGAAUAAAAAACAUGACACAGCAAGCUUGGUGAAGGUAACCACCUACACAGUCAGUGAACCAGUGGUGCACCUCUUCUACUGCACUGCUUUAUUUGGGGUGAACAAAACUGGAGAAGUAUUUGAUGUGGCACCCAAGAACAAUGAGGGCAGCUGGCACAAUAAAGUCAACAAAUUUUGUGGUGUGUGGAGAUGCGGAGGGCAACAUGUGGUUCAAUCGCCCACCAGAGCUGUCCUCAUGGAGCAAAAGAAAGCCUGCUCACAGUGACAGGAUCAGUGUGCUGAGACUCACUGACAGCACCAUCAUCUCAGCCUCCUAUGACCGGACAGUGAAGCUGUGGAACAGACACACCAAGAAUCAG